AGGCUACUUUUGUCCCACAUAAAGACAUUCACAGAUGUCUCUCCACGCGAAGAGCCAUCUCCCCUGUUACGACAGCACAGCACAGCCUGUCUCUGUGACAACUGCCGAGUCGCGGUAACAGAGACAGAGAGAGGGAGGGAGGGACAGAUAUAGAGAGGAGGAGAAGGACUACCACGGAGCAAAACACAUUGCCUUUUUCUCUCUGAUAUCCCCCCUCAUUCGCAUGUGUUUGUGUGUGAGCCUGCACGGAGGAGAGAAGGAAAGAUAAUUAAGCCGGAGAAAUUCUUCUUCUCUGUCUUUUAGUUUCCCUCUUUUCUCCAUCCAUCAUCCAAGGCUUGAAUACCGGUGUCAGCUGCCACAGCGGGAUAAAAUAAAGGGAUGCUUUGAAUGCUGUCUCUGUCUAUGACAAGGCACACAGAGAAGCAGAAAGAGGCACAACAAGCAGGGACAAAAGCAGGACUUUGAUAAUGAAUGGGAGUCCUUCCGUAGCAUGUGGUAGGAAUAGCAGUCCGUCACUGAAGUCUACGAAUAAGGAGCCUGCCCUUACGACGUGACAGUGCACAUGGUCUGGAUACCACCAGCCGUCCUGCAAGCCCUGCUACACUCCAGAGCCAAAGAUCCACUCCUCUUCAUCACCAGCCACAGCGCUCAUAACCACCGCCCUCCAAGUUUGUCCAAUUAAGGGAUGUAUGAGGACUUAAGAGGCCAGGGUUACUAGCAGACCACACUACAAAAAAACUGACGAGAUCCUUGCUGGCUGCAGACGGGCAGAACACUGUUGAUUCUCUCCGGGUGGUGUUUCCUGGGUGUGUGAGGAGGAGGCAUGGCUGGUUGAGAUGUCGUGGACGAUCACACCACUCAGCUAGACGUGCUGCUGCUGCGCUGUGUGGGCCUGGCUCCUGCAGCUGCACCAUUGAUGGUGCCGUGAUCCAGUUCUAACCGUGGGUAAUGACGAGACAUAAAACCAAUCCUGGAGAUGCCGAAGAGAAGAGACAUUCUUGCCAUCGUGUUGAUAGUGUUACCGUGGACUCUGCUCAUCACCGUUUGGCACCAAAGCGCAAUCGCCCCACUGCUCGCCAUCCGCAAGGCCUGUCACCACCUAGUAAAAGAGAUCUUUAUCAUACCAGAGAGGCUUGCAGUCCAUCGACACCGACUCGCAGAUGACGGAGCCGACAGAGGGCGGAGGGAGGCGGGCCAGUCCAGCGACUCUAAGGAGUACUGCUCCUCUGAUAAGGACAUAGUGGAGGUGGUGAGGACGGAGUAUGUGUACACGCGGCCACCGCCAUGGUCCGAUGGGUUGCCCACCAUCCACAUCAUCACCCCAACCUACAGCCGCCCAGUCCAGAAGGCAGAGCUGACGCGGCUGGCCAACACCUUCCUCCACGUGGCCAACCUGCACUGGAUCCUGGUGGAAGACUCUCAGAGGAGGACCCCGCUCGUUACACGCAUGCUCCGGGAAACGGGUCUCAACUACACCCACCUGAACGUGGAGACUCCCAGGAACUAUAAGCUACGUGCGGACACGCGGGAUCCCAGGAUACCCCGGGGCACCAUGCAGAGGAACCUGGCACUGCGCUGGCUCAGAGAGACCUUCAACUCCAACAGCAGCCAGGCAGGCAUCGUCUACUUCGCUGAUGACGACAACACCUAUAGCCUGGAGCUGUUUGAGGAGAUGAGGUCAACAAGGAAGGUGUCUGUAUGGCCUGUGGCCUUUGUUGGUGGUCUGCGCUACGAGUCUCCCAAGGUCAACGCAGCAGGCAAGGUGUACGGCUGGAAGACUGUAUUUGACCCUCACCGGCCCUUUGCCAUCGACAUGGCGGGCUUCGCUAUCAACCUGCGGCUCAUCCUCUUCAAGCCCCAGGCCUACUUCAAGCUGCGAGGAGUGAAGGGAGGCUACCAGGAGAGCAGCCUUCUCCGGGAGCUGGUCACACUCAACGACCUGGAGCCCAAAGCAUCUAAUUGCACUAAGAUUCUCGUUUGGCACACUAGGACAGAAAAACCUGUCCUUGUAAAUGAGGGAAAGAAAGGAUUUACAGACCUCAAUGUGGAGAUUUGACGUUGUCUCCUCGGGCGAUGGUGGUUGUCUAAUAUGGACCCUGAGAAGAAAAAGAGGCCAUCUCCCAGUGCAAACAGUGUUCAUGUCUUAAUCAUCUCAGAAAAGACUGCCUCGGGGGCCAAAUCCUAAUCCCCUUGACUGAAACUAAACACUUUUAAUAUUGGGAUUACAAAUGCAUCAUAUUAAAGCACAGAUUAGUACAAGAUGGCAAUAUUUAUCAGGUUAAAUGUUGCCAGCAGCACCAACAUGAAGCAGACGGUGAGAGCUGAGCGAUUAAGGAUCAACGGGAGAUCGAUGCUCUCUGAACCUGCAUGACACCAUACUGCGUCUGUAGUGUCCUAACACGAGACAGCACAACACAAACAUUGCAGGGAGAGAGGGAGUUAGGCAGCCAAUGAGAUGAAGCGUUUACUGGCCUGAACAGGCUAAUGAGAUAUCCAUUGUCUUUCCCUCUAUAGACAUGGAUCUUCAGGGCAGGGGAUGAGAUCCUGAGAUCUUAGUAGGGUCUGUAAGAGACCUUUAAUAGACAUGUACUGCAAUGGCCUCCACGUCUUCAGACAGAACAAUCAUGGAGAAUCCGAACAAGUCAUCUCUCAGAAGAUCAAUUCUACUUUCAGCAAACACUAAAAGUUCAAAAAGGGAAGGAAUGUCCUUUUUGUAUAACUAAAACUAUGUCUGCUUUUAUUUAAUUUGCUAGUUUUUUGUGUUUACAUGCAUUUUCUUGCUAGUUCAAAACUACUGACUGACUCUUGCCUCCAUUUUGAAAGCUAAAGCUGGGGAACCAUCCAUUUUCAGUGUCAUUCUCAGACAUGUAAUUCAGUGUGUACUGAAGCUAUUCACUUGAAAUAACUGACAUCAAGAUGGGCUCCUAACUCUUGGGAGGCACACAAUAUUACAGGUCAAAUUCCUAAAAACUUAACUUAGCACUUAAAAGCACUAGUGACUGUGUUCCUAAGUGGAAACACGUGUACAUACUAAUUUAACACAGGAACAAUUAGAGGACUCAUAGUAAGGUCCUCUCAGAUAAAAUGUAACAACUGAAUUUAUAUAGAUGAAAAAUAAAAACAAAGAAUUGACUUAGGCAUUGCCAAGAACACCUCAAUGUAUGACAACUGGCAUAGCACAUGUUCACUCCUGUUUUUCAAUCACAUGCCAUGAACAGUAUAACAGCACAUCACCACGUUAGGUUUAACCCAACUUUGUGCAUAUGUUACAGUAUUAUCAUUACCCAAUGAUGAGCAGUUUGGCAGAUGGCCAUAUAGUAUGCUGGUUUAUAUAACCACAGUAGCUAACUAGUAGAGUAGGACAACAGAAAGCAAUUGAAGUUAUCUAAGCUAAAGGCACUAACAUUCGAGAUAUACAGUCAAAUGUGCAAAAGCACCUACGUUCACAGUGUGUAUUGCCUACAUAUGUUAGAUAUUUGCGCUCGUAUCACAGCGAAUAAUCUAUAAGCCCACUGCAGUGUAGAAAUGUUACUGUAUACUUAACCUCAGUUUCAUCAGCGGUAGACAGACAAUCGUGCUAAAAUGUUUCCAAGAAACAACCAUGGGUCUAUGAACUGUAAGCGAGUAAGAAGACAAAUCAAAUAUACCAUGAAAACUAGAAGAAGAUCCUCUGCUUUGGACAACUACUAGUAAGAUACCCCAUGCUAGAACCCCAGUCUGCAACACCAUCCUAUGCAUGCAUGCUCAGUCCUAGUUUCUUGCCCUGACAAAACUGUACCAUGUACGGGUUGAAGUUAGUUUUGCGACACGCUUUGUGACAAUUCUUGGAUAUAACAGGCAAAACGUAAUGACAAGCACAAGUGAAUUGGUGUCAUGCUCAGCUAUACCUUUGCAGUAUUAAGGUUUCAUGCCCGCUUCAAUUUCUUAAUGUAUCCUUCAGUAAUACCUCAAAUGUAGGUGAAGACACUAAUGGCAAACUAUGAAAAAGGGAGAUUAAUGACCAGGAUAGUUAUGGCCUAUUCAAUUAUCCAAAGCAGUAUUAGAUCAGAUACGGUUUUCCCAUCAGGUACUGUUCCCCCAUCGGAUACGGCUCCCCCCAAAAUAUGCUCUCUCAUCAGGUACUGGUAUUCAAAUGGAUACACCAGCAUGUCAUUUCUGAUCAUUUCUAUUAAAUAGUAUUAUUUAAUUGAGGAAUUCAAACCAAAUGUUUUGCGAUCAAACAACAUCUGUUAAUGUUCAUGUUGACCUCAUCUUUAGGUUUUGGAUUGCACAGCAGUACCAUUAACUUCAUUAGGCAAGAAUCGAUGUCUUCUGAUCUGUUUCCAUUCUCCAAAAUGUAAAGUAAAGUCUGUAUAUUUAUGCGAAAAUCAAUAGAAAUUUAUUUAUUUAUGUAUUUAUUUGAAGUAUGAAUGUCCUCUUGUCAAAUUGAAUUAUAAUUGAACAUUUCUUGGUCCAUGUUUGCCCCCACCCCCUUCUUUUCUCAUCUGUGCCUCUCAGCCACUGAGGUUCAGAAACCACACAGACAAGCUCUUCUGAGGUCACAUUUAGGUUUGCGGGCAACACCAACAAACUGAGACACAACAUUUCAUUGUUUUCCAUCAAUUCUGUAAUGCUCUGACUUCAAUCGCUAUCAAUAGCCUUCAUUUUUAAUGACCUUUCUUAGAAUUGAUUGUGUUCAUUCAUGUGAAUUUAGGAAAAAUGUUAGGGCCUGUCUGCAGAGAUGAACCCAGACAACACUAAGAGUUAUACAUAAUGGAAGUGCAAUUUCAUCUCUUGGACAUUUAAUGGAGCUUGCUCCUACACUGUUGUAAUCACUUAUAGAAUCAUAAGUUAAGUGUAGUACUCUGACGGUACAAAACUCAAACUUCUCCUUACAUCCCUGGCUUUCUCACACUCUCACAGUUGGAUCAACGAGCGAUACUGUUCUGACAGUCAGAAACGGCUUUAAUGUAAUGGAACAGCCUCAUCCGGUGUUUAGCUUCGUAGUGGUACAUACAUAAUGUAACAAAGGUGAUGGCUCAUACUGUACUAGGCUCUAAAUGCUUUCUUAGGGCAAAUCACACUCCCCCUUCCUUUACCUACUUUGAUCCACAGUCAUCUUCCAGCCUUGUGUGAAUCACUUCUUCUGCAUGUAACUCUAAAGGUUGUUCAUCUCUCCUCAUGACUCCUUCUCAGAGAUACCAUAUGACAUUUAUCAAGACAAAUAAACAACUGAAAAGUGAA